AAGAGGGUAACAGAAAAUUUCCAUUUUGGUAUAGAAGAAGAUGUCACUGCCGACUUCUUCUACGGCGUUAGGAUUUAUCAUUAUCGUCAUCGUCAUCAUCAUCCUGGUGUGGGAGUCUUUGCUUUUCUCUCUCAAGACAGAAGAAGAAAUGUUAAUCUCCACGGAGUCCAACCGUGAAUGUUCAACCAAGGGAGAAAUCAAACUUCCCAAAGUGCUUCUCGUGUGCUCCAGUAAAAUAAAUUAUCACAGCUUUUUCCUUUCCAAACCGUCCCUUGGCGUUGCCAGAGAAGAGAAGGGGUGAAAACAGAGAAAAGAGAAAGAAGACACAAGACCGACAUGUAUGCGUGCGCCUCACAAAUCCCUACCAAGCAUUUUCUCCAGCGACUCGAACUGUUCCUCCCUUGUGGUCCUGAUGGCCCUGAGCCGGUUCAGCAGCCGAGCAUCAACAGCCCGUUGCAGUGCGGCCCGGUCCUGGAGGCCCCGGACGGUGGCAGACUCCUGGAGACCAAUGAGCUCCUCAUCGCCAUAGUGCUCGAACUCAGGCCAGGCGUCGAGCAAGCCUAAGCCCACCUUGGAGUCGACGAAUCGGACCUUUGG